AUGCGCACACUCUUUUCACGCCGAUUCCGCCCCACAUCCCCACCCCUCCCGCGAGCGCCCUCGACUGCGCACGCGUCAAAGUGCAGACUCCGUUGGUGGAGGUACCGGAAGGGGCGGGAUUCGCGGGAGCUCGCGCGUCCGGUCAGCCCCUUCCGUUCGCGGUUCCCCGGCGUGCGGCGCGGCGUGGAGAUGCCCGGCCGUGGGGUGCGCGCCGACGAUCCUUUUUCUUUAUUUUCAUAGAUUAAAGAGCAAAAAAUCAUUGUGGAUGAGCUCUCUAACCUGAAGAAGAAUCGGAAAGUGUACAGGCAGCAACAGAACAGCAACAUAUUCUUUCUUGAAGAUCGAACAAACAUGCUUUCCGAGAGCAAAAAUACACUGGAUGAACUAAGAAAAGAAUACCAAGCCUUAGAAAACUCGGAGACGACCAAAGUCAAGACGCAGGCGCCCUGA